AUGAAUGCCGAUGAUGAACAAGAGGAUGAUGACGACGAUAAUAAUUCUUUACAAUUGAAAGCAAAGAAAAUUACAAGUGAAGAAAAUGAUGAUUUUGUCAAAGCUUUCGAUACACUUAUCACUGAAUCGGUUGCUCAACGAACCACAGAAGUAAUCAAAGUACCGGCACCCGAUAUUGCUAUACCCGUACACUUACGUAAAAAUAAAGUAUCAUCAACCAACAUAAAUGUGUCCACUGUGCCAACGUCAUCGGAAAUGGCUCUACGUUUAAAAGCACGCGAAGAGAUAAAAACUGAUAAAGCUCGAUUAAAAAUUUUAAUGUUGAAUAUGUCAACACGUAUGGAGCAAGAUGUUGAACAACAAGAACUAAUGCUCAAUGUAUUAAAUCGUACUCCAGCUAUGAUUAAUAUAAAUCGAGAACGACAGCCACUUUAUGUUCAUCAGAAAGGUGCUCCAGAUGCUGAUCUUAUAUUUGGACCGAAGUCAUCUUAUUUCAGGUCAGCAGCGUUUAUCGCUUAUAUUGUCCAACCAGUUCAUCAUUAA